CCCUGUUCACCUGCUUCCUCCAGCAACACAGGAGUUCCUGAUCGCACCAAAGUCGCCAUGAGUUCACUCAGUGAAGCAAACACCCGCUUUGCGUAUGAUCUGUUCCAACAGUUCAGACAAUCGGAGAAGGAAAAUAUCUUCUAUUCCCCGCUCAGUAUCACAUCAGCCUUAGCCAUGACUUACUUAGGGUCCCGAGGACAAACUGCAUCAACAAUGCAGAAGGUCCUUCACUUUAACGAAGUCACAGAGAACACAAAAGGAGAAGCUACAAAAGUUCCUGUUGAAAAGUCGGGAGAUGUGCAUUACCAAUUUCAAAAGCUUCUGACUGAACUGAAUAAACCCACUGAUGACUAUGAGCUAAAUAUUGCCAAUAGGCUCUAUGGAGAAAAGAAGUUUCAGUUUCUUCAGGAAUACAAAAAUAAUGUUAAGAAGUUUUACCUAGCCAGUGUGGAAUCUGUUGAUUUUGUAAAUGCUGCAGAAGAAAGCCGAAUGAUGAUUAAUUCCUGGGUGGAGAGCCAAACGAAUGAAAAAAUCAAGAAUCUCUUUCCUGAAGACUCUCUUGACAGCUCCACCAUUCUGGUUCUAGUGAACGCGGUCUAUUUCAAAGGGCAGUGGAACGAAAAAUUUGAUCCAAAAAACACUGAACAGGGUGAAUUUUGGCAAAACAAGGAUACAAGCAAACCUGUGCAGAUGAUGAAACAAACCAGCUACUUUAAUUUCACUUCACUGGAAGACGUGCAAGCCAAGAUCCUGGAAAUACCAUACAAAGGCGAAGAUUUAAGUAUGCUGUUGCUGCUGCCAAAUGAAAUCGAUGGUCUGCAGAAGCUUGAAGAUCAACUCACCGCUGAGAAAUUAAUAGAGUGGACAAGCUCACAGAAUAUGAGCAAGAGAAAGGUGGAGUUGCGCUUGCCUCGGUUCAAAGUGGAAGAGAGCUAUGCCCUCGAGGACACAAUGAGAGCGCUGGGGAUGGGGAAUGCCUUCACUCCAGGGGACGCCGACUUCUCAGGCAUGACAGGGAGCCGGGGUUUCGUGCUGUCUCAAAUAGUACACAAGUCCUUUGUGGAGGUGACCGAGGAGGGCACAGAGGCCGCAGCUGCUACUGGCAUAGUCAUUGGUCGAACAUCAGUACAGAUGUAUGAACGCUUCCAUUGCGAUCAUCCUUUCCUUUUCUUCAUCAAGCACAAUGAGACCAACAGCAUCCUCUUUUUUGGCAGAAUCUCUACCCCUGACAUGUGAU